AUGGCGGCGGCGGCCAAGGUCGUCCUGCUCGUGGCUGCUGUCAGGCGGCCGCGGCCGCUGAUCCACGUGCUGCACCGGGUGCUGGGCUCCGCCGGAGACCUGGGCCAGCGCGCCGGCGUGCCGUGCGACAGCUGGCGGCUGGCCGUGGAGGCCUACAACAAGCGCGACUGGAAGACGGUGCCCGCCAACUGCGACGACUACGUCGGCCACUACAUGCUUGACCGGCAAUAUCGCCGGGACUCCCGCGUCGUCGUCGACGAGGCCAUCGCGUACGCCGAGGGCCUCAAGGUCGCCGGCAACGGCAAGGAGGUGUGGGUGUUCGAUAUCGACGAGACCUCGCUCUCUAAUCUCCCCUACUACGCCAAACACGGCUUCGGUACUAAGCCGUACAACGCGACGAGCUUCAACGAGUACGUGCUGGAGGGGAGCGCGCCGGUGCUGAUGGGGACGCUUCGGCUCUUCAAGAAGCUCAUCUCGCUCGGCAUCAAGCCGAGGGCCAUCACCGUCACCAACCUCCGCCGCCAGGGCUACUCCGGCUGGGAGAAGUUGCUGCUCAAGCCCAUCGGCUUCAAGGGCACCGCCAUCGGCUACAAGUCCGGUGCACGCCAGAAGCUGCAGAACGCGGGUUACGUCAUCGUCGGCAACAUCGGCGACCAGUGGAGCGACAUCCUCGGCGCGCCAGAGGGCGCGCGCAACUUCAAGCUGCCCGACCCCAUCUACUACAUUGGCUAA